AUGGCAGAAAAGUCAGGAGUUCGUUUCGAGGAGGCCGAGAACAAUAAGGGCAUCGUGAUCACAUCGAUAGCUAUAGUGUGUACUAUACUAGCAUGCCUGGUGCAGAGCUCCAACACCAUGCUGGGUGCGGUGGCGAUACUGGCCACUUACAUGAUGACAGGCGAUAGGUACCAAUGGGUGUACAUAUGGAGGAAGACUUUCUCGAGGGACACGCUGGGUCUUUGGGUCCUCUUGAGAACAAUGUUUCGUAUUUGGAUAUGGGAGAAACGCGGCACCACCGUCGUGGCCAGGUGGGCAGAAGUCGCCAAGAUGGCGCCGGAUAAAAAAGCCUUCGUCAUGAACGACAGAGCCUUGACGUUUCGGGAGGGCGAGGAGUUCAGCAACCGCAUAGCAUGGUACUUCAAACGGCAAGGCUUCAAGAGCGGCGAAGUCAUAGCGCUCUUCAUGGAGACUCAGCCGGAGUACGUAUUCCUGUGGUUGGGACUGGCCAAGAUGAGGGUAACUACGGCCCUAGUAAACAACAGCCUAAGGGGAGCGCAGCUGGUAUACUGCCUGAAGAUAGCUGGGUGCAAGGCAGUCGUGUUCGGAAACGAAAUGGCAGGAGCCAUAAAAGAAAUCCAAAAUGAAAUCAGAGAUAUGCCGCUUUUCCAAUAUAAUUCUCCCGACAAUCCCGACUCACCAGUGCUAGAAGACACUUCGGCUUUGUCCACCGAACUCAAUGAGAUGAGCACGGAUCCCUUCAUUGAUGUAGAACCAGCGAAACCGAGAGAUACGCUGUUGUAUAUCUACACAAGCGGUACUACAGGGUUUCCUAAAGCUGCAAUCAUCACAAAUAUCCGGUUCCUUUUGAUUCCUUUGGGGGUUUACAUAUCAGCUCACCUGAACCCCUCAGACGUGAUAUAUGACCCCUUGCCUCUCCAUCAUACGGCUGGCGGAGUGUUGGGUGCCGGUCAGGCCUUGGUGAACGGUUGUACCGUCACACUUCGGAAGAAGUUCUCCGCUUCCAAUUAUUGGAGUGACGCAGCUAAGAACGGUUGCACUGUAGCCCAAUACAUCGGAGAGAUCUGUCGUUAUUUACUCGCAGUGCCUCCUGGACCCAACGACCGAGCCCACAAAGUAAGGGUCAUUGUGGGCAAUGGACUAAGGCCGCAGAUUUGGGAGGAGUUCAUCAAGAGAUUCGGGGUGAAGAGAGUGCUAGAGUUCUAUGGAGCUACCGAGGGGAACAGCAAUCUUGUCAAUAUGGAUUCAAAAGUGGGUGCUAUUGGAUUUCUAAGUCGGAUGGUGUCUUCGAUAUACCCUCUUACACUAGUCAAAUGUGAUGAAAUAACAGGUGAAAUCAUGAGAGACAGCAACGGAAAAUGUAUAAGUUGUGGUCCACACGAACCAGGCGUCCUCUUGGGGAAAAUAGACAAAAAGAAGGCAAUCCUAACAUUCGCGGGGUACGCAGACAAGACAGCUUCGGAGAAGAAGAUGGUCCGCAACGUGAAGGUCGAUGGAGAUUGCUACUUUAAUACUGGGGACAUAUUGGUCAUGGACCAUUUCGGAUAUUUCUACUUCAAAGACAGAACUGGCGAUACUUUCAGGUGGCGUGGUGAGAACGUAUCUACGGCAGAAGUGGAAGCAGUUAUUAGCACACUUAUUGGAUUGAAGGACGCUGUUGUCUACGGGGUAAAGAUACCCAAUGUAGAAGGGAAAGCUGGUAUGGCGGCGAUUGCAGAUCCAGAUAAAAGGGUAGACCUAAAUCAACUGGCGAAAGGGCUAAAAUCUCUACCGGCGUAUGCCAGACCACUCUUCUUGAGGAUAAUGCCCGCACCACCGUUAACGGUGACGUUUAAACUAAAGAAAAAAGAGUUGAUGGAACAAGGUUUCACAUUGAAUCAACACGAUGAUCCUAUGUAUUUUCUUGACCAGAAAUCUGGGGAAUAUGUGCCGUUGACGCAAAAACUGUACGAUGACAUCCUACAAGGUGUUAUAAGGCUGUGA